AUACCAUCGAGUUUGGGGCUGUUCGCAACUUGAGUAUCUUUCUUUGCAAAGGAACAAUUUCAGUGGACGAGUGCCGAUACAAAUUAGGAACUUGAGAUUGCUUCAACAAUUAUAUUUGGGUGCAAACUACUUACGUGGUAAUAUACCAAAAGAGAUUGGUGCUCUUACUAAUUUACAAAAUUUGGACAUGAGUACCAACAGCUUUAUUGGACCCGUGCCAAGUGAAAUUGGGAACUUGACAAUGCUUCAAUUGUUGGAAUAACAUGUUAAGUGGAAUUAUUCUGAAAGAGAUAUGUGCUCUUACUAAUUUACAACAUUUGGACAUGAGCAUCAACAACUUUAGCGGCCCGGUGCCAACUGAAAUUGGGAACUUGACAAUGCUUCAAUGGUUGUACCUUGAUAACAUGUUAAGUGGUAAUAUUCCGAAAGAGAUAGCUGCUCUAACCAAUUUACAGUCAUUAUUCAUGAGUAACAACAGCUUUAGUGGCAAAUUGCCAAGUGAAUUGGGGAACUUGACAAUGCUUAAUUCCUUGCUUCUUACAAGGAACAAUUUAAAUGGUAACAUACCAGAAGAGAUUGGUUGUCUAACUAAUUUAAAAGGUUUAAGCCUGAGUUACAACAGGUUAAAAGGCCCAUUGCCAGCAACUAUAUUUAGCAUGCCAUCCUUGCAAUAUGCUUCCUUUGCCUUCAAUAAGUUAAGUGGGUCAUUAUCGAGAGAUAAUGGAAACAUGACAUCUCUUCUCAGAAUUGGCCUUGAAUUCAACAAUUUCACUGGCAAUAUUCCAAAGGAGAUUGGUCAUCUUAGAAAUUUCGAGCGCUUAAGCAUGUCUAGAAAUAUGUUUAGCGGAUCGUUGCCCAGAGAAAUUGGGAACUUAAUAACCAUGUAUGGAUUGUUCAUUCACAACAAUGCUUUAAGUGGUCACAUUCCAAGAGAGAUUGGUCACCUUGUUAAUUUGAUAGAGUUGCAAUUGGAAGAAAACAAUUUCAAUGGACCAUUUCCAGAAGAGAUUGGAAACAUGACACUCCUUAGCUACUUAUGGCUCAACAAUAACAAUUUAAAUGGUCCGAUACCAUCCACCAUUGUGAAUCAAUCAAGACUGCUUAGUUUAGUGCUCGAUUCGAACAACUUAAGUGGAGAGAUUACAACGUUCAUUCUUCUCUCCCCCGACAUUAAGUUUUUAUCCAUUGCAAACAACCGUCUAUGGGGACCACUUCCACCCUUCAUUUGCAACAAUACAAGUCUUGAAUUUCUUGAUUUUUCAAACAAUAACUUGAGUGGAAGUAUACCUCUUUGUCUAUUUGAAAACUUGAAGAAUCUUCAAGUUCUUAAUCUGGGUGGAAACAACAUGACUGGUUGGAUCCCUGAUAAUAUUUCUUCCAAUUGCAGCCUAAAGACUUUAGAUGUGAGUCACAACAAUUUGGUAGGAGGUGUUCCACUUUCCCUAGAGAAUUGCACUUCCUUAGAAGUUAUGAAUGUGAGAAACAAUCACAUAGUUGGUAAAUUUCCAUGUAUGCUCCCAUCUAGCUUGCGGUUGCUUGUGUUGCGCUCGAACAGAUUCCACGGAGAGAUCACAUGUCGAAAGAGCUGGCCAAGUCAUCAAAUCAUUGACAUAGCUUCCAAUAAUUUCAGUGGCAGUCUAAAUCCUUUUAACUUCACAUAUUGGAGAGGAAUGGUGUUGGAUCGCGAUGCAGAGUUGGAGCGUAUCAACUUAGGUUUCAUGGCUUCGUACAUGGAAUUCUACUAUGGGAACGAGGUGACAUUAACCAUUAAAGGACUUGAGCUUGAGCUUGUCAAGAUUUGGCCAGAGUUUAUCUCUAUUGACUUCUCUUGCAAUAAUUUUCAUGGCGAAAUCCCCGUGGAAAUUGGUGAGCUCAGCUCACUCUAUCUUCUCAACUUAUCCCACAAUUCCCUCAGCGGUCGAAUCCCAAAGUCAUUUGGCAAGCUGAGGCAGCUUGGAUCGCUUGACAUCUCGAUGAACCAGCUCACGGGGGAGAUACCAAAGGAGAUCGCGUAUCUCACAUUCCUCGUUGUGAUGAAUGUAUCUCACAAUAAGCUAGUUGGAGAGAUUCCGAUUGGGAAUCAGUUGCAAACAUUUUCUGCUGAUUCAUUUGAAGGGAACAUUGGAUUGUGUGGUCUCCCUCUCAACAUUAGCUGCACGAAUCCAUCACCGCGGUUUGUGGAUGUGGAAUCGGAUAGGGAGGUUGAGUGGGAUUAUGUGUUUGCUGCGGCUGGAUAUGUUGUGGGCUUAGGAGGCUUCUCUUGGGUGCUUUUACUUUGUCGAAGUUUCAGGUAUAAAUACUUCGAGAAACUUGAGGAUGUUUUUGAGAAGAUCUUUGAGUGUUGCCAACGCCGGAAAGAGGAGAUAGACGGAGUUGGGUGGAAUCAAGUUAUAAGAGACAACAGUAUGAAUAGAUGGAGUUGGUGAUGAAGCUUAGUUAUCCAAGAAUGUGCUUGUAAUAGUAUGAAUAUGUUUGCUUUGAUUAUCCAAUGUUUUGUA